AUGAAACGACUAGACUAUCCAGGUAUUGUCAAAUUUAUUGACUAUUUAGAAGAUGAAGGCUCAUAUUACCUUGUUAUGGAAUAUAUUAGUGGUGGUGAGCUUUUUGACUAUAUUAUUUCUCAUACUCGUGUUGAAGAAUCACUUGCAAAACGAAUUUUCAAGCAAAUAGCCUAUUCUGUUGGUUAUAUUCAUUCAAAAAACAUUGUUCACCGAGACUUGAAGCCAGAAAAUUUACUGAUGACAGAUUCUACUACUGUUAAGAUUAUUGACUUCGGAUUAUGCUCAAUUGAAGCCGAUAAGCCCCUAACUAAUAAAUGUGGUUCUCCAAUUUAUAUUUCACCAGAAGCGCUUACAGGAGAGCCAUAUAUGGGACCUCCGGCAGAUGUCUGGGCCCUCGGCGUUAUACUUUAUGCGAUAGUUGAUGGCUCAGUACCUUGGAACUAUAAAGAUCCAGAAGAAAUGCAAAAACAGAUCUCUACAGGCUCAUUCCUACCGAUUGACAAUAUAUCUGAUGAAUGUAGAGAACUUAUUGUCGCUAUAUUAAACCCAGAUCCUUCAAAACGUAUCGACAUUACAGGAAUACUAGCUCAUCCAUGGCUAUUCGGUAUCAGAAACGUAUUCCCACACUCCAAGCCUUGUUUCGUCCAAAGAUCUGAAAAUCUUUCACUUUCGGUCGGAGGAUUUUCAUCGUCCAACUUUAACGAGAACCAACAACCACUCGGAUCCUUGUACACAGAAUCCGUUCCGUCGCCUAAAAAUGAUCCAUCUCAAAAAGUUACCCUUCAGAAUUCGCCUGAGAAGCAAAAGAUACAGCCAAGAUCAAUAUCUCUAAACGUUGAGAACAUGAAUGAUGAUGAAAUUCGCCAAGGAGCACAAAAAUCUUCGAAUGUAUUAUUAUCUCAGACAAUCAGCCACAGAGAUCCAAUGUUUGUUGCCAAAAAGUUGGAGAAUGCUAUUAUUUCUGCCAAUAUUGCUUUUGAAAAAGAAAAUCCGCUUUUAUAUACUUUGACAGAUAACGAUCUACAAGCACAAGCUGAAAUUUGUCGAUUACAAGGCUUCAGAAACAUUUUCAUCAUUUCCUUUAAGAAAAUUAAAGGAGAUGAUUUUAAAUAUACGAAUUUUGUUUCUCCCCUACUUGAUGCUUUCAAAAAGCACUAA